ACAGUCACUGUCUGGGAAGAGAGGAUAGAGUAAAGAACAAAAGGAAAUACCUCCCUCCGCUGGAGAGGAAAGGGUUAAGCCUAUUACAGAAGACCAAUCAGGACUGGGGGAGCACUGCAAACCUCCGCAGUAAGAGAGAGAGAGAGGGAACGAGGGAGUGAGGAGAGAGAGAGUGGAGAGAGCAGAGCGGGAGAUAGAGAGAUACAAGGAGUGUGAUGGUUUGCGCUCACAAUCCACACAGUUGGGCAGGGAGGGGGAGCAACAGAGAGUAGUUCAGAUGAGGAGUAUUCACAAACCUGUUCAUGUGAAUGGAUAGGAGAAAAAGAGGGGAAAAGGGAGAAAAAGAAGAAUCCCAUCAGCAUCCCUGCAAGGAAUAAUCUCUGUGGACUUGUUUUCUCUGUCUGGGACUCAGGAAGGAUAUAACAUCUGUCAGUAGUAUGACCCUUGUAUGUUCAUCAAUAUUCAGUCCAACUUCUUGGAUUACUGCAGGAAGGAGCAGAAGAUAAACCAGGAGGUUUUAUCGGUUGACCCAGAUUGUUGCAGAGCUGUAAGGAGAGGAGACAGCGUUGUGUGUGGACCAGCUCCGGAGCAUCUGUGUUUACCAUGCAUGGUUGCUGUGAAAGAAAGAUGGAGGACUGAGGGACGGACAGAUGAUGUAGUAUGCAGCUCUUCCUUCAUAAAGUCCAAAUGUUGUCUGGGAUCUCUGCAGUCUGAUCAACUCACUUCCACUACCUCAUGAGGAUGACCUUCUCCUGAAUUGCUCAAUCAACCCCCCGUCCUGUGCACAUAUAAAUACUGGUGAUCACAAAUGUCACAGUGAUCACACAUGUCAUGGUGAUUGGACACACAUGCAAUCUAAUAAUCUGCUCUUGCUCAAGCCAUAUUCGUUGAUUGAGAGUUUGGCAUGUAGAGCGGCGAACCGGAGACCUGUGCUCAAUUUACAAGUCAAUGGCAGCUGGAGCCAGGGGUAGAGUGGGUGACGAGAAAGGUGGAGAGUGAAGGCCUGUUCCAUUAGAGCUCCCAGGGGAGGGACAUGGGCCUGGACGCUGUUCGGACGCGCUGACCUCUCCUGGACAGAUUCUGCACAUUACUAUGGCGGAAACUGGGGAAUCUACAUGACUGGCUGCCUCUGGAGUACAAGCUAAGGGAUGUAACUGUUUUUUAUAUUUACAGAUCUGACUGCUAUCUUUUAACUGAGGACACAAAACAAGAAGCAAGAAUUUGGAUCCUACUUUGAGCGGUGCAUUCCAGUCCUGCACAGGGGAAGGAGUCUGUGUUUCUUUGUUUUCUUGGUUGGCUUUGUCUUUCCUGCCUGGGAAUAUCAUGAUAUUAUAAACAGGAGGUUGCACUGACAUCUUAUCCCUUUUCCUCUCAUACAUCAGUGCUCCCACUGUUACCAAAGCAAACGGACAAGAGAUCUGGGGGGAAAAAAAAUUGGUGCACUAUAAUAGCUUAUAUUCUCCAGAAUCACUCGCUACAGGUAGCUGAUUCUUGCCAUUUGGGUUGCAAAGAAACCCAACUGACACUCUUUAGGGAGGUGGACAGGUACUUUUCUGGCCGUCAGCUUCUCUGGGAGGGACAAGAAGUGAAAGUAAAAGCCUCGCUGGGGGGCUCUGCUGAAGCGGAAACACUUUUCCACAGGCUAUGUUUGGAUGUGAUGCUUGUCUCUGUGGAUGUAACAUGGACUCUAUGGCCUGAUUAUACAGCCCUGGUAUUCAGAUAGUGUCGGAGGGAAAGGAUAAUGCAUAUCCUUCCCUUUCCUGAACAAGAAGCCACCAUGAGCAACGUCACGGUCACCGACAACACUGAACCCAUCAGCCGCACCAUGAGUCCGGCAACCCCCAGUCCUUAUACCUAUCCUGUUAGUUUCCAGGUCUCACUGACUGGCUUCCUAAUGCUGGAAAUCCUCCUGGGCCUAAGCUCUAACCUCACUGUGCUUGCUCUCUACUGUAUGAAGUCCAACCUCAUUAGUUCUGUCAGCAACAUAGUCACUAUGAACCUCCAUGUGUUGGAUGUGCUGGUCUGUGUUUGCUGCAUCCCUCUCACUAUUGUCGUGGUGCUGCUCUCCCUGGAGGGAGACACUGCUCUUGUCUGCUGCUUUCACGAAGCCUGUGUCUCCUUCGCUAGCUUUGCUACUGCUGCAAAUGUGCUUGCCAUCACCCUUGAUCGUUAUGACAUCUCGGUCAAACCUGCCAACAGAGUGCUGACCAUGGGCCGUGCCCUGUCUCUGCUGUCUGCAAUUUGGGUGCUUUCCUUUAUUAGUUUCCUUGUACCCUUUAUUGAGGUGGGCUUCUUUGCACAGGGCAACGCUGAGCUGAAUCAGACGGUGGUAGAGAAUGUGGUGCACACUAACCAGUACUACACAGAACUUGGCCUCUAUUACCACUUGCUUGCUCAGAUUCCGAUUUUCUUCUUCACUGCUAUUGUCAUGCUGAUCACCUACUCAAAGAUCCUGCAAGCACUCAAUAUUCGCAUCGGCACACGUUUCCACGCUUCACAGAAGAAGAAGGCUCGAAGGAAAAAGCGUCCAUCCAUGACAGCCAUGACACCCCAGCAAGAGGCCACGGAUGCAUCCCAAAGCAGUGGCAGCCGUAACCCAACGCUGGGUAUGCGUACAUCAGUCUCUGUCAUCAUUGCAUUGCGCAGGGCUGUUAAGCGCCACAGAGAGAGGCGAGAGCGCCAAAAGAGGGUUUUCAGGAUGUCCCUCCUGAUUGUGUCCACCUUCCUGCUGUGCUGGACACCAAUCACAGUGCUCAACACAGUCAUCCUGAGCGUGGGCCCGAGUGACCUAAUGGUCAAGUUGAGACUGGGCUUCCUGGUCAUGGCAUAUGGGACUACUAUCUUUCACCCUCUCCUCUAUGCCUUCACUAGGCAGAAGUUCCAGAAGGUCUUGAAAAGCAAAAUGAAGAAGCGAGUAGUGUCAAUCAUUGAGGCAGAUCCUACUCCCAAUAACGCCAUCAUCCAUAACUCGUGGAUUGACCCAAAGAGGAACAAAAAGGUGACAUUUGAGGACAAAGAGGCCCAACAGAAAUGUCUGUCCUCUGAGGAUGUGGAGUGAAAGAACUCAUUGUCUUUAAGUUAUACAGUCUAUAAAAACUGACAUCAGGUCAGGAUGAAAAAGGGAAAUUGUUUAUCCAAAGCAGAAAUGUAAUAAUAUGUGCAAUAGAAUGUACAAAACAAGGAGUGGAUAAUUUAUUACUAUUUAUUGAGAACAAAAAAGUAGAUUUCAUAGAUACAACAUAUAUUGUACUGUAGAUAUUGCAUGGCUUUUUGUAGCAGUAGCAACAUAGCCUACAAAAUAUUGUGUACAUAUUUAAAACAUGUACAACAUAGGGUAAACAAGGUAUAUAAAUAGAGACAGAGACGUAGAAAUUGCAUUGUAUAUGUAUAUUUAUAAUAAAUUUUGUGUUCACUGACCUAACACAACAAAAGGUUUCCUAUUCUCCCCUCCCCCAAGUUAAGUAUUUGUGAUUCUGUAACAGCUGUGAGAUUAGUCCCAUUCAUCACGAUGCCACUUGCUCCAAUACUAGACCCUGCACUCCCUUGUGACCGCUGACCUUAUUGCCCUGGAAUUGUCCGAGGGAGGGACUCCAGACUCAAAUAAAACCAUGGGUGUGAGGAUGCAACAAUGACAGACAGGUAGAACUGGAGGGAAUGGAAGGAAAGUGGUACAGUAGCAUGUUGCAACAUGUUAUGAGGAUAUAGCUGAGAAGACAUGAUGUGUCUGCUCGUAAUCACUGCUAUACGUUUUUUUAAAAGCCAACACAUAACAGAACAGCAUGGUUCUCAUCCCCUUGUUUGACAUAAACCAGAUGUAAUCAAAGUGUAGUCUGUUUCACUCUAACAGUCACCUCUUUGAGCCAAAUGGAAAAUCUACAGUUGCCUUAUUUUGGUUUGAUAAAUUGAGAAUGGUUUCAUAGUGUGACAGGAGGAGCACAUAUUAAACAAAAGGAAGGAGGUGUUUUGUUUUUAUUCUCAGAGAGUCAAAUCCUCAAAUGUUAUGUUUUCACAUAGAAGUAUUUGAAUCAACCUAAAGGAAACUGUUGAAAUGGUUAUAUUAACAAACUGUACUCUAAUAACAAUAGUUUCACAACUGGCUCUCCAAAUACGCAAAUUCCUUAAUGCAAUAAAGAAUUACCGC